AUGACUAACGGAAAACCGGUUUGUCAGGCCAUCAAUGGUGCUGGAUCUAGCAUUGGUACCCAGGCAGUGGCCCGUUGUUGCAGUCUGAGCGGUCUGUCAUGCACUUACAAGUCAGCUGGACCUGCGGGUAUUGGUGUUGAUGACCAGUUAGUGAUCCCUUGUGCUUCUGACGGGCAUCCACUGGGUUGUGCUGCUACAUCUUGGCUGUCUACUUUUGAUGGAACAAUUUUCACGAAUACAUCUUGCAUAGCUCAGAAUGAUGAGCCUAGACCAACUGUCUACGGCAGUGCAGCGUGCUGUAAAGGUGGAAACAUCAAAUGCUCAACUCUGGUGUCAGCACCAAGUGGUCACAAUGUUGGGGACAAAGCGUCCAUUGCAUGUCCGAGUGGUCAAGUGAUGACUGGGUGCAACGUGUUCACAGAGAAUGCCAAAGCUGCUGGAGCUUAUAUCGAAGCUCAAAACGGUGCUGAUACUUGCAUUGCUGUUAACGGUUAUCCAAGAUUUGGACCCGAGAAGGGAGUUCAAGCCUACAUUACCUGCUGCCAUGUCUAG